UUUUUUUUUUUUAUUUCUUUAAAAAACAUGUCCAUGUUGCAAAGAAUUUCUCGUUCCGUUAAUUGGGGCUUAACAAACCGUACCUUUAGUACCUCUAGAAUUGCACUUGCCGAAACCACCACCACACCCGUUGCACCCGUCAAAGCAACUGGUUUAUAUCAAUUCUUUGAAAAUAAUGAGUCUUUACCGAAACAAAACUGGACUGGUCGUGCAUGGAAGGCUCAAGAGCUUCGUCAAAAGUCCUUUGACGAUCUCCAUAAAUUAUGGUACGUCUUGUUAAAGGAACGUAAUGUCCUUGCAACCCAAAGAGAAGAAGCCAGUCGAUUAAAGUUACCAAAGCAACUCUGGACAAACCAAGGUCGUUUGAAAAAGUGUCAAAAAUCAAUGGCUAGAAUCAAAUUUGUAUUACAUGAAAGACAAAGAGAAUACGAACAACAAUUAGUAAAGAACGCAGUCGUAGUCGAAUCUCAGUAAAUACAACACCUUAAAAAAAUGUACCCAAAUAGACAUCACAACAACCAUACGCCUUCUUUUAUUUAAAUACACACACACACACACAAUACUUCCAAAAAAACAAUUAAAAAAAAUCGGGAAAUGAUAUAUACAUAAGAGAGGAUUGCAUGAACUAUAGUAGGCGUAGCUUUAAAACGCCAGAUGAUCAUAUCAUCCGUAGGACAGGUUAUUUUUUUAGACUGGUGUAAAAGACAUGUAUGAGGUUAUACCAACGGACCUUUUUUAAAGUUUUUAUUUUCGGGAGAGAGAGAGAGGGUGUAAAUGAACAAUGAUGGUAUGAACACGUAAUUUUUUUUUUUUUUGGGGUGUGGGGAGUGUGAUGUUAUGAAUAGACACAAAUGUAUGAC